CCGCUCAGCCGGAGCCAGCAUGGCUGCCGCCAGGGCUAAAGCCGCGGAGCUAGAGGUGGUCCGAGGCAAGCGCGCUGCCCUCUUCUUCGCUGCGGUGGCCAUCAUGUUGGGGCUGCCGCUUUGGUGGAAGACUACGGAGACCUACCGGGCCUCCUUGCCGUACCUGGAGAUCAAUGAGCUGAAUACCAUGGAGCUCCGGCUAAUGGUGCGCAUCAGGCUUGUGUUUGCCCGGGGGUCCUUGUUCCCGGACCACCUGGAUGAGUUGCCUGAAACCUCUGUGCAAGAGCAGGAAAUUCCUCUGAAAUAUAAAAUGAAAAUCAAAUUCCUUUAUCGCAAUGAAUACCGGGUUGCUUCAGAGCGUGAAGAAGAGGCCCUGUCACUGGGCAGUGUGCAAGAGGCAGAAGCCAUGUUAUCUGAGUCACAGCCGCAAGACGAGGGCUCCCUGACCGUGUACAUCAUCGACGAGGAAUCCUCGCUUCUCCCCGAGGACAUGAUGAGCUACAUUGGGCACAAGAGGACAGCGUUCACCCGGGGAAUAGUGCGCCAUCAUGCCUUUUCCGUCAUUCAGCAGUACGUAAAGGAGAUCAUCGACACCAUGUCUUUGGCUGAGGAUGUGCUUGCCACAGCCUUGGCUGACCACCUUUCAGAGGACAAUUGGAGCUCUGAUAAUUGGCGGCCGCUGAAGUCCAGCUUGGGCUAUGAGAUCACCUUCAGUUUGCUCAACCCAGACCCCAAGUCCCAUGAAGUCCACUGGGACAUCGAGGGGGCAGUCCGGCACUAUGUGCAGCCUUUCGUGGAUGCCCUCAGUAUCGCAGGCAACAUCUCUGUGGACUCGCAGAUCCUUUAUUAUGCCAUGCUGGGGGUCAACCCCCGCUUUGAUGCAGCUUCCUCCAGCUACUACUUGGCCGCACACAGCCUCCCACAUGUCAUCAACCCCGUGGAGUCCCGCUUGGGAUCCAGUGCUGCCUCCCUUUACCCUGUGCUCAACUUCCUACUCUACGUCCCUGAACUGGCCCACUCCCCGCUGUACAUUCAGGACAAGGACGGGGCUCCAGUGGCCACCAACGCCUUCCAUAGUCCCCGCUGGGGUGGCAUCAUGGUCUACAACGUGGACCCCAAAGCCUACAAUGGCUCGGAGCUGCCGGUGAAGGUGGAGGUGGACAUGGUGCAAGUGAUGGAGGUGUUCCUGGCGCAGCUGCGGCUGCUCUUUGGAAUUCCCGAGCCGCAGAUGCCCCCCUACUGCCUGUUUCUAGGGCCUCCGAGUGGAGGGCUGAUGACCUGGGAGGUGGACCGGCUGCUGUGGGCGCGGACCCUGGAGAACCUGGCCACGGCCACGGCCACUCUCACUUCCCUGGCCCAGCUCCUCGGAAAGAUCAGCAACAUUGUCAUCAAGGACGAUGUGGCCUCGGAGGUGUACCGGGCUGUGGCCGCUGUCCAGAAGGCAGCCGAAGAGCUGGCCUCAGGGCGCCUGGUCUCUGCCUUCACCGCCAGCCAGGAAGCCGUGACGUCCUCAGAACGAGCUUUUUUUGACCCCUCACUCCUCCACCUCCUCUAUUUCCCCGACGACCAGAAGUUUGCCAUCUACAUCCCGCUCUUUCUGCCCAUGGCUGUGCCCAUCCUCCUGUCCCUGGUCAAGAUUUUUCUAGAGAUGCGCAAGUCCUGGAAAAAGCCUGAGAAGAGAGACUGAGCAGGGCAGCGGCUCUGGAGAAGCUGCCCUUUGGUGGCACGAGGUGUAAGAUGGAGAGACGGACCCCGGGCCUGCCACCAGCCACUGGUGUGUCUGCUGCUUAUCCCCCUUCAGCCCCAUCACAGCACUCCAGCAUGGGAUUCCCUCCCCUGCUCUCCCCUCCCCUGCUUCCAUCCCCGCCUCUCCAAAGUCACAUUUUCUGGCUCCAACUUGAAGGCCUUUGCCUCUCAGCCUGGGGGGCAGGCAGUGCUGGGACCUCUGCUGUCCGUCGCUGUCCCUGUGCUCUGAGAGGAUGCAUCUGAGGAAAGCCCUGUGUGGAAUUUGAACCCUGCCUGCUGCUGUACUUCCUCCAAGCCCUCUGAAGGUGCCCUGACACCCCCUUCCCUCCUCCCGUGGAGGGGCAGCCACUCCUGUUGGGUCUGGCCUGAUCAGAAGGAGUCCAUGAAGCAGCAGUGUGGGUACCCAGGGUCCUUUCAGGGAGGCUGGUGGUGAUGGGGGACCCAUCCUGCUCCAGCACUUCUCUGGGGUGCUGUGGAGAAGCUAUUUCGUCUCUCAGCCUCAGUCUCACUACAAUGGCACUGAUGAUAACCUCAUUUUCUGAGGCGGUGGUGAGAAGUUGUAUGCUGAGUGUGUGUGUGUGUGUGUGUGUGUGUGUGUGUGUGUGUGUAUGUAUGUAUGUAUGUGUAUGUGUGUGAGAGACACUCUGGGCCUCAAUAAACAUGGGUUGAAUGUGAACUGAAAUGAUGGGAAGUAUGAGUGUACAUCUUUUGCAUUCUUCCUCUCUGUAAGGUACGUAACUGUUGCCUAGUCUCUGCCUUCCCUCACCUUGCCUCCAUCUGACCUCAUGCCCUUUAUGCUUCUCUGGUCCAGAAACCUAGGCCGCUGCCACUCUCCUGGAUUGCCUGGUGGGGCUGUUAGCAUCUAUUUCUGCAUUUGUUUAGCAGGGGAUUGGGGGGGAAUGGCUUACA